AUGAUCUCAAAUGAAAAAGGCCUUGGUUUGGUAUUCUACCUUAUCAUUAUCAUGUUAAUAUUUGGGAUGGCUAUAGCUAUAUUUAAUUAUUUUAAAUAAUUCAGAAUCAAAUAGAAGGAAAUAUAGAGACUAUUUUAAAACUGGUAGUAGUAAUUAGAAAAUUCACAAGACAAAAUUUUUUAUUAUAGACAGUCCUAGUAUGA